CGUUGAGGGCACCAGACAGUAAUGAUUGUGCUGUUUUUCAUGCGAUGUUCUAACUUUUCAUCGUAAGUUUAUCUUAGCAAAAUGGAGUUUUUGAUCGGCAUACAAGGUGAUGGAUUCGUCUUAGUCGCCUCGGACAUGACGGCUGGACGCAGUGUAUUUCUUUUCAAGCAUGAUCAGGAAAAGAUGUACAAAAUGAGUGAUAAACUGCUAAUGCUUUGUGCGGGAGAGUCGGGUGACACAGUGCAGUUUGCAGAGUAUAUUCAGAAGAACAUUCAGCUCUACAAAAUGAGAAAUGGAUAUGAACUGUCCCCACAUGCAGCAGCAAACUUCACAAGGAAAAACCUGGCAGAUUUUCUCCGAAGCAGAACACCCUAUGCAGUCAACAUGUUACUGGCAGGCCAUGAUGACCAAGAUGGCCCGGCCCUGUACUUCAUGGACUACCUAGCCUCACUUAACAAGGUCCCGUACGGAGCACAUGGCUACGGGGCAAUGUUCACACUCAGUAUCAUGGACAGACUCUACAGGAGAGAUAUUAAUCGAGAGGAGGCACUAGACAUCCUGAAGAAAUGUUUAGCAGAGGUCCAGAAGCGUUUUUUGAUCAAUCUGCCCGCAUUCCAAGUCAAAGUGGUCGACAAAGACGGAAUUCACGAUCUACCAGUCAUCACAGCCAAGUCGCUUUGAAGAAUGCACCUUAAUCAGUGGAAAUCUAAUUCAGUUUUGUUGUCUAUGUUAGAAUUUAUUGCACUGGGUGUCUGUGUUAUGGUCUUUGCAGUCCCAGACCCUUUGAAAUCCACUGCUAGGUUUUGUAGGAUUUUACGAGAUUUUGUAGGAUUUUACUCCCUAGCAUGACUUACUAGGAACCGUACCCAUUCUGGCAAAUUUCAACACCAUAUGGGAAACUGCACACACAUAUUUCUGACUUUGAUUCUGGAGGUGUGCCAACCCUAUGUGAAAGACUGUCAGUUUAGGGGUACUGUACCCAUCCUGACAGAUUCCAACAAAUGUUGCCAUUAGGGCUUGAUGGGUUGAGUUCUGUUAGGGUUAAGGAAGGUAGAGCCCAGCCACCUCCCAUAGUUUUAAAUGGAUUUGGAUUCCUCUUGAAAGUACAAAGAAUAAACUGUGUUGUUUAGCAGAGUUUCAGUCACAAUUUUGAGGGAGCAAGGAUUAAAACAUGUCAUGUAGAAAGUGUCAAGUUAAUGAUAGAGAAAUCUGUUCAACAUUGCGGUUGCCCCUUGCAUGAUGCUUGCAAGUGGAAAUUGCACUGGGUAGGGGACACAUGUAUUGUUACCUAUGUGAAAAGUCCAUUGGUCCAUGUGAAUGAUCCAUUGAGUCUUGACCUGAAAGAACAGUUUUUACUCUGCUGCACAGUGCAAGCACAUGAACCAUAUUAAUUCACAUGCGCUUUGAAUUCUACAUAAAUUUACACCAAUUUGAAGACUCCGUGUGUUUGCACAUGCCUUUCAAGAACUAGAGUUGGACCAUCAUGAAUCCAAAAGUAUGCUUAAAUCUGUUAACUUCAUUGCUAAUAGGACCCCCCCCCCCCCUCAGACAAUGACCCCUUGGAAUAAAUUUUACAAAAAAAUAAUGGGAUAGCAUUAUAUGUGUGGUUUCCAUUUAGAUAAAUGUAUGUCCUUGGAGACUCCAAGUCAUAAACUCUCAGAGGAAAUUUUUAUUUCAGAUAAAAAAAAAAAAAAUAGGAAAAAAAAUGUGCUCAAAGUCUCAUCUUUUUUUCAUUAUAAGAUUUAAACAGUACAGAGGAAAUAUUCAAGUCAUAACAUUUUCAAUAAAUCAAUUCUUGUCUUUCCCUGAACUUUUUAAAUGUCACUGUUAACCAUUUGAAGGAAGAAUAUUGCAACUAAAAAGGCACAAGUGUGCAUCUAUGUCAUUUUGCCAAUAAUUGUAAUUAUUUUCUUUUUUUAAACUGGAGGCGUUGGUAGUUUUUGUUGCAUUUCAAAUCUAUUGUCUAUGUACACCAAAGUGAGAGAAAAAAAUGUUACAUUGUCUUAAAAAUGUGUUUCAGACGAAAUAAAGAAGUGACCCUUUCUUUGCAUUAACUA